UUUCAGUACCAAAAGCGGUAACCCCCGAGCUACACUCGGGCUUACCAUGCGGCGUUGCACAGGGAGUCCCUGCAGCGCUUACCUUGUCCUUUGCCUCUGCGAUGUGUCCCCUGCAGCGUCCCCGGCCAUCUCCUCCGGCCGAUGCCGGCAUCUGGCUUCCGUGUUCCGGUCCCUGUGACGUCGGGACAUACGGGCGCCGGAACCGGCGGGAAAUUUGAAAAUUUUAAAAAAUGACUUUUUUUUUUAAACGAUUAUUACAUAUGCUUUGUCCUGUGCCCUGCCUGCAUUUUGACUGUUCUUUCUG